CAAUGUAAUGUUUGAUUGCUUUGUUUAUUUUAUAGUCGUAAAAGAUGGAUACAGUGGAGAAAAAGCAAAGAAUAUGUAUUCUGGCUGUCGAUGGAAGCAAACAUUCAGAUUUAGCUUUGAAAUGGUAUACUGAAAAUGUUCACAAAUCUGGGGACAAAGUUUUGCUUACACAUUGUGUUGACCACAGAAAACAUCUUACUUAUGGAUCUGUUUCCAUGGUACCAGGUAAUCCCGAUUCUAUCACUCACGCUUUCGCAGCAGAAGAGAAGAAAGCCAAAGAGCUGAUGGAAAAGUAUGUAGCGGAUUGUAAAAAGCUUGGACUACAUGAUGUAGAUUUAGUGAAAGUCAUCGGUGAACCUGGAGAUGGAGUCAUUAAAGCUGCUGAAGAAAAGAAAGCAGACAUGAUUAUCACAGGCUGUCGAGGUUUAGGACAGAUCAGAAGAACAAUGGUCGGCAGUGUAAGCGACUAUAUAUUACAUCAUUCGCAUGUACCCGUCUUUGUUUGUAGACAUUAACUGCUAAAAUAUACAUUUCUAGGGUUACAGAUAAAGAUCAAAGAUUGAUAUUAUGAGAAUACUUAUUAUUAUGAAAAAUAUACACAAUUUCAGGCUACGUAAUUGGGCAAACUACAUAUAUAUAUAUAUAUAUUCUUACAGUUCCGAUGAUAUUUAUACUUACGUAUUAGAGAAGGGUGUCAUUUAAUUAUACAAGUGGUUAAACUAUUUCUGAUUUCCAAGUUUAAAAAAAAUCUAAUCAGUUGGUUAUAUUGUAAACAGAAUAAAAUAUUCAAAAUGUA